CGCGGGCUUCCCCUCUCCGCAGGCCUGUCCGAAAUCCCCCGACUUUCCCUGCGGGGGCUUUGUCCUGCUCCUCCUCGCCUCGCUUCCCCCCCGAGCCCGGCCGCCUAGAGGAAGGGCGCAGCGGCGGGGCCACCCUCGAGGGAGAAGUUUCGAGUGGGAGCCCCUUGGCGUUGCCAGGCGAAGAAGGCCUGGCCGGGCGGUUGGCUUGGAAACCCGGAAUUCGGUGGCUUUCGGAGGAUGCUUUUGGGCCACGCUCACCUACCCAAGUGAAGAGAAGGAGAGGAUGGCUCAGAUUCUCCAGAUGGAGAUCCCCAACUUUGGUAACAGCAUCCUGGAGUGCUUGAACGAGCAGCGAUUGCAGGGCCUGUACUGUGAUGUCUCGGUGGUGGUGAAGGGGCAUGCCUUCAAGGCACACCGGGCUGUGCUGGCUGCCAGCAGCUGCUACUUCCGGGACCUUUUCAACAACAGCAAGAGCACGGUGGUGGAGCUUCCUGCUGCUGUGCAGCCCCAGUCCUUCCAGCAGAUCCUCAGCUUCUGCUACACCGGCCGCCUCAGCAUGAACGUAGGCGACCAGUUCCUGCUAAUGUACACGGCUGGGUUCCUGCAGAUCCAGGAGAUUAUGGAGAAGGGGACUGAGUUCUUCUUGAAGGUCAGCUCGCCCAGCUGCGAUUCCCAAGGCUUGCACACCGAGGAGGCACCUUCCUCUGAGCCACAGAGCCCCGUGGCGCAGACCUCCACCUGGCCCUCCGGCAACACCCCCCUGCCCCUGGUCUCUCGCGUAAAAACGGAGCAGCAGGAGUCGGACUCUGUCCAGUGCACAUUUGUGGUUAAGCGGCUCUGGGAAAGCAGCCAGAAGGAAGGGGGAGGCGGAGGCGGAGGUGGAGGCGGCAGUAACGGCAGCCGCAAAAUGGCCAAGAUCUCCUCGCAGCAGGAGCUGAGUGGGGGUAACCGGCAGGCCCAGCAGCAGCAGCAGCAGCAGCAGCAACAGCAGCAGUCUCAACAGCAGGGGGCGCUAACGGGAGGCGGUGGAGGGGCAGGCGUGGUCAGUGGCCCCAGCACAUCGGACCAGACGAGCCCUGGUACCUCCAGUGCCUACACUAGUGACAGCCCCAGUUCCUACCACAAUGAGGAAGACGAGGAGGAGGACGCACCCGAGGAGGGCUCUGACGAGCAGUACCGGCAGAUCUGCAACAUGUACACGAUGUACAGCAUGAUGAAUGUAGGCCAGACGGCAGAGAAAGUGGAAGCGCUGCCAGACCAGGUGGCCUCCGAGUCUCGCAACCGGAUACGGGUGCGGCAGGAUUUGGCUUCGCUGCCUGCUGAGCUCAUCAACCAGAUUGGGAACCGGUGCCACCCCAAGUUGUACGAUGAGGGGGACCCAGCUGAGAAGCUGGAACUUGUGACAGGCCUUGUCUCUUUUCCCUGCCUAGGUACCAAUGUGUACAUCACCCGGGCACAGCUGAUGAACUGUCAUGUCAGUGCUGGGACACGACACAAAGUGCUUCUCAGACGACUACUAGCAUCUUUCUUUGACCGGAACACCCUUGCCAACAGUUGUGGCACUGGAAUCCGCUCCUCCACCAACGACCCUAGCCGGAAACCCCUCGACAGCCGGGUGCUGCAUGCUGUGAAGUUUUAUUGCCAGAACUUUGCCCCCAACUUCAAGGAGAGUGAGAUGAAUGCAAUUGCUGCUGAUAUGUGCACGAACGCGCGGCGCGUUGUCCGCAAGAGCUGGAUCCCCAAACUGAAACUACUGAUGGCCGAGGGCGACACUUACACCACCUUCAUCAAUGACACUGGCAAGAUGGAGCCAGACAUCAUGGGGGUGGAGCACAGCUUCGAGACGGGCAGCCAUGACGGUGACGCAGGCACCUCCACCGAGGGCCUCCAGUAAAAACAUGCCCAUCUCGUUCCCCCGCCCCCAGUCGAUGGUUUUUAUUUCCUAAUUUGAUUUUUGUAGAAUUGUUUUCCCACCUUUAUUUCAUUUCUUCCCUCUCCCCCACACCCGCCCGUUGUUGGUUUUUGUUUUCGUUUCGGCAGAGGAGAAAGAGCAUUGUGCCUUCUCCUUUAAAAAUAUAUAUAUACAUACAAACAUAUAUAUAUAUAUAUUCUUAAACAUGGGCCUUGCUUCCUCAGGUGCCACAGGUAGUACGAGCUCAGAGGGGAGGUCCUGCUGCUGCAUUGGCAGUUCUGGCUGGCAUUUUCUCCCCCGUCCCUUCCCUCUGUCCUUGUUGUGCUAUUAAUUGUUCUUAGAUAUAUAUUUUAGUAGAUUUUUUUUUUU